UUCCCAACCUAUACUGGAACCUGGGGUUGUUCCUGCCCAGAUGCAGGAUUUCAGUUACUGCAAAAAUGCAGCUACUACAGCACAGAGCUCAGCAGGGUUUAUCCACCCAGGUAUUCAUCCCACUUUUCUGGAUGAGAUUUUCAGCCCUGUUGAGCUCGCUCUUGCCAUGCCCAGGAAGUUUUGCCAGCCAAUUUGAAGAUAGGCCAGGAACAACUAUAAUACCUGUAGCCAAAGUACUGGCUGCACUACUCCUACCUUUUAUUCUUGAUGGGAUACAACUGAGAAAAACAGUGAAGAAAUUAAAAUUAGGUCUUUCAAAAAAUAUUCAUAGUUAGCUCAGGAAAUUGAAAUCUUCCAAGUAGACUGUGCCUAUCAAAAUGAAUUCCGAUUUCAGUUUUAAAAACUUGGGUGAAUUUAAAUGAAGAAUGAUGAGAUCCUUUUAUUCAAAUGUAAGUAUCCAAAUAGUUUAUUUAACUUUAAGGCUACUUUUUUCAUUCAGCUUCUAGACUUCUUAUAUCAGGCAAUGAAGCAGUCUUGUGUUCUUGUGAAAGCAGUUUUCAGACGCUUGUCAGAAAGACACUGGCACAGCUGCAUCCUACAGAUGUGCCCCAAGCUAGUUCUGAGUGCAGGCAGUGACAGUGUAAUGUGACAUUUGGCCAGUGAAAUAGAGAUUUCCAGCAAGGAGCCUUUGGCAACAAGCAUUAAGAAGCUUGAAAAUGAGGUGAGGUGGAGUCAAACUGUGCGUUACCAUCUGUUUAAGCACUGAUCUACUUGCAUUUGAUAAGAGACUAAUUCUUUUUCUUUUGAACAGCAUUUUUUUCUAGUAGGGUGUCUCCCAAAACUCGCUCUAAGAUAUCAAAAAUUUAUGUUAUUAGGCAAUAUACUCAUUUCUGCCAAUCUUAUUCCAAAAGACGAUUAGUAAUAAGAUCUCUCCGAUUUCAGUAGUGCUGCUUCUCAAGUUAGACACCCGGCCAGCUAACACGGUCAGGCUGUAGCCUGCUGUAAGUAAAGAGCCGCAUACCAAAGGCGGUCGUCAUCUUUGAAAUAUUUAAGGUAGAAAAGACUGAAAGGUGCAGAUUGCACCUCAGUUUAGCAAAUAUCCAUGUGACACUCCUGUUAUUUUCACAGGGCAAGUGACAGAAACAUCUUUUUUAAAAGUAAUUAGCUAUCAGCCAGUGGUGUUGAGUUAUUUUGCUUUACUGUGCGAUUUCAAACAGAUACAGUUUAUUCUCCUCUGCCUCCAAAAAUAUACCAUAGCAUGAGACAUCUUCCACAUCCCAAGGGUUUCUCUCUCUGUCCUUUAUCAGGGAGAAUUAGGGUGGCCACAGUAAAGCUGUGAGAAUGAACUGUCUCAAUGUUGUCUGAUAGUGCAUUUCUUAUACAUCUACCAAGACUUUUUAAGACAAGUAUCUGCAGAAUUUGCACCACUGGUUUCACGCAGGAGUGUUGUGAGAUCAAACAUCUUGAGGCAUUACUUAAACAAAAAAAAAAAAGAGGAAAAACAACCUUGCCCACAUUCUCUGAGAGCACAACUGCAUCAGAGAAAAAAACACCAAACAACAUUCUUAGUGUUCAGUCAUAAAGCAACACAGUGCUGAAAACCAGAUACGUCAAUCUAAUUCAUUUCUAUGUAGCUUCAAAUCUCCAAAUGCUGAAAAGAACAUUUUGUGUACGAAAUGACUGUAUGGGCAUGGCUUCGCUGUGACUUCCUAUUGUGCUGAGGUACUGGUAAUGGAAACUUUUACUACAUUGCAUUCUUCUGAGCAACUUCCCUAGCUGUGGUUUUCUGCUAUUCCCCUGAUAAAAGCACCAAAGUGGUGAGAGUUUAGCAAAUAUGUAAAGCUCUCACAUGAAUUUGACACAAGAGUUCUCAAAAGCAAAACUGUAUAAAACUGGAGACACCCACACUAGGUCAUUUCUCAUCUGUUGGCACAGCAGGUGUUACUCUGAUGUUUAAUUUCAAUGUCUCCUUCAAUUUAGUUCUGAAGAGCUUUGACGGAUUUAAAGAGCACAAUGGGAAAUACUGUGAGAACGCCGAAAACCUCUGAAGAAACAAAUGUGCAGAGCCAAACGGGUCAGGAGAGUGAUUUCCUUGCUGUCCUCUAUGACUAUCCCUCAGCAGAUAUAAGCCAACCUAUAUUUCAUGUAGGGGAAAAACUACGUGUGCUAUCAGAUGAAGGAGGCUGGUGGAGAGUCCAUUCCCUGACAACAGGUCGAGAAAACUAUAUUCCAGGAAAAUAUGUAGCAAAGGUUUACCACGGCUGGUUGUUUGAAGGGCUGGGAAGAGAAAAGGCAGAGGAACUUUUACAGCUACCCAACACCAAGGUUGGCUCCUUCAUGAUCAGAGAGAGCGAAACUAGGAAAGGGUUAUAUUCCUUGUCGGUGCGACACAGGCAAGUGAAACAUUACAGAAUCUUCCGCCUUCCCAAUAAUUGGUAUUACAUCUCUCCACGGCAAACCUUUCAGUGCCUUGAAGACCUUGUGAAUCACUACUCAGAAGUUGCUGAUGGUCUCUGCUGUGUCCUUACAACACCUUGUCUUACUCAGAGCACUAACAACAACACCGUCAUGAAUCAAACUCCUCCUGUGAUGAUGCGGAAUAAAAACUUCAACUGGAGAAGCAUUCACAGGUUGGAGGUAACUGAAGAUGCUGAAAGUGCCCUGGCAGCAAUGGAUGAUUCUUGCCUCAGCUAUGGCCUGAGGGAAAGUAUUGCUUCCUACCUCUCCUUAACAGGGGAUGACAACACUUCUUUUGCAAGUGCCAGAAAGAAGAAAGCUCAAUCUCUCAUAUACACAGGGACCAAACAUAAGAGUACCCUUCACUUGCCACCUACAUAUUAUGAAGACUAAAUGUAUAACAACUGGGGAAAAAGAAAAACAACUGAGGGGCUGGAAGAGAAACCCAGAGCAUCCUGUGGUCCUUCAACAGCUGAGAGACACAAGCACGUCGGCUGGUGAUCAAACACUGACAAUGCUUCCACAUUUCAUCUUCUGAAUGUUAACCAAAGACCUUCUUAUAGGUGCUAUCUCAGCCAUGGCAUAUGCUGGGAACAUCCCCAGCACAUCUGAAAUCAGAACCUGUUCACAAGCAGGAGAAACUGAGACAGACUCUAAGGCAAGAGCCAAGUGAGACAGAUGACUCUUCAGCAAGGGUGAUGCUCACCAAUGUACAAAGGUGAUUGCAAAGGGCAGGACUGACUACAGCCCAAGAAAUUAAAUUAAGUCUUACUCUGCUAUUCUCCAUGAGGCUGAAAACCAUCUUUACAGAACCUAAGUACACUGAGAAAAUAAGCCUUUUUCUUCUCCACAUAUGAUCAUUCAUUGUCAUUGACAGUGGGUCAGAAAGUUGUCAAUAACUCCAAGAAAGUAUCUAACAACUGGCAUUCAAGAAACACCUGAUUAUAUUGACUCCAUACUUCUGUCACUUCUACCUUUUAGGGGAAAAAAUAAAAUAAUUAACUUUCUAAGUGGCAUUUAAUUAAACUGCUGGUACUGGCCUAGAUUGUCACAAAAAGGUCACAAAAUAAGAGCAGGCUUAACUCACUGAGAAAAGCAAAGACAGGCCUGCAAAGGUGUGACCUUUUCUGAGUAGAGGACCAGAUUUUAACCUCAUCUCCUGAAAGCACCCCCAUAUUUAUGUAUAAUAUUUAUAUUAACAGAAGCUUUUUAAAAAUAAUUAAACUAAGAGAGCAAAUCAGUAACAGUGGAUAUUAAAGAGUUUUCUGAGUUUCUUGUCUGAAGAGAGUUAUGUUACAUGCUUCAUUAUCAAAUUGCUUCAAGAAUUGUAACUGGGUUACCUCAAAUUUCACAAAUUAGCAUUUUUUCCCUAUAUAUGUACUCUUUGCUAAGUUAUAAAGGAGUGAAUAGCAUGGUCCUUUGAACCUGACUUGUUAUUUCUUUCUAAAUCAAAUAGUUACUCACAUCUGGGGGUGUAAAAUGCUCCAAUCUAUGUUCUCAGGCUGAAAUAUUUUCAAUCUAAUAAUCUGUUGUACUUUUUUGCACAGAUAUGAGUAACAAAGGUUUGGAGAGAUAAGGAAUUGGUUUUACAUGUAUAUAUGUAUAUGUAUUUUCUCUGUAAACACCUCUUAGCACAAAUCUAUGUGCUCUUUAGAUCUUGUAACAGAUCAUUUGCAGUAGCAAGAGAUGUUCAGAGAUCAAAAUAAUUCACAACCCAUUUAAACAUAUUUGAGAACUUAAAGGAUGAAUGUAAUUUGGAUGGUAAACAUUGAACACCACAAAGCAAAAUGAACUCAGGAGCUCUAGGUAUUUGUAUAAUCUCAUUACUGUUACUGAUCAUUAAUAAUAUGUUAUGAUGACUGCAUUUUAUCCAGUGAAAUGUAUGUGGGGAGCAUUACAGCUUUCUAAGUCAUGACUUGUAUUUAUUCAUUAAAACAUCAUCCACUA